AUGCAACACGACUGGUCUAACCAGCAACGCGCAUAUUUUUUUCCAAAUUGCGUGAAGAGAUUGCGGUCAACAACGAGUUACAUUCGUGAAGUUCUUGUGUCACUUGUGGAUUAUCAACAGGUUUUAACCACAACAAAAUGUCCUGAAAACACGAUAUGGCGAGUUAGAGGGAACAAAGGAAUUAUCACAAUUGAAUUAUUGAAUGUGUUCUUGCACAAUAACACUCACACGUAUGAGACAAACACGAGACACAACUUACACAAGGUCACAGAUAUAAAAGACAAGACCACAAAGAUAAAGAAGCACCAGAACGAACACAAAAAAAUCAAUAAUUAUAACAAUGUUAUCACCAACAAUAUUGAUGAUGUAAACAACAAUCAUACCAAUAGCAACAACCUUAACAACAACAUCAACAACAUCAACAACACCAACAACAACAUCAACAACAACAAUAACAGCAACAACAACAGUGCCAACACUGUAGAUACCAAUGCUACAACCCACAGCGCCAAUAUCAGUUGCAAUUGGAACAUCAUCAAUAGUGACAACCCUAACAACAACAUCAACAACACCACCAACAACAUCAACAACAACAACAACAGCAUCAACAAUAACAACAACAACAGUGCCAACACUGUAGAUACCAACGCCACAACCCACAGCGCAAAUAUCACUUGCAAAUGGAACAUCAUCACAAGAAGCAAGAAGAACCACAGCGAUGAUAAUAAUAAUAAUAACGUUAACAAUAAUAAUAAUAAUAGCGUUUUUAAAUAUUGUAAAAAUAAUAUUAAUAAUAUGUAG